CAAGAAAUGCCGAUGACAGGUGUGGCAAACCUCUCGCGUGUUAUUCCGAACAAAAUGAGUGACAAUUACGAUAUAGUAGAGAGAAAUCAAUUCGAAACAGUAUAAAUAUAAAGUAGAUAAGGCUAUCGAAAAAGAUAAAGGUAGAUCUUUGCUUAAUUGCACCCUUUAUUCAUCCACGUCCAAGUGCUAGGCACGUGCUGUUGUUUUGUUUUGGUCAGCGCGGCGCUGUCAAAACGGUAUUCAGCAGCGCUGCCAGUGAACAAGCGGAAAAGCAGCAUCAAAAGCAAGCAAGAAAACAACAUAAACAAGUCAAAAAUAUGCUAAAGAAGUGGUAAAUGCACCGAAGAAGGUGGGAACAAAGCGGACCAAAGUGGGGCGCCUCGUAAUGACGUAAAUAAUCCGCCACCAGUCUCGUCGUACUACGGCCACUCCGCUUUCCCUUGGAUCGCAAUCGGGUUACGCACACACAAUCGUGUGUGUGCGUGUGUGACGGUCACAGUGAAAUUGGUGCCACGGAAGUUAAAGUCGCGCCUCUCAGCAGUGAUGUCCUUUUCCGGCUAGAGGACACAUUACCGAAGCGUAAUAGAGAAAUGUAAUGAAAGAGUGCCGUGAAAAUUCCGGAGCUUAGUUUGCUCCAGUACCGCAAUUCCAAAGAGAACUUGGGACCAACGAAACGAAUCUGCGAAAACGGGCCAUUUUGGUGUAGUGUGUCGUGUUUUAUUUUUAAUUUUCCCCUCUGUUUAAGUUUGUUGUGUAUUUUAUUGUGAUUGUGUGGAACAACUACAACUGUACGAUCGUCCGAUAAAUGGCCACGUUAAGAUAACGCACAUGUGAGCAAGUUGGGAGUGUUAAGCAAUACACAACAAGAAGCAAGGUGUGAACUAAUCCACCGAGCAAAAGCCUUGCCGUACACGACCAGCGCUCCGUUGGUUACGCUGAUAAGCCAGAAAACGCGCGCACGGAGGGAGAGAGUUUCGAUUUUCCAACCAACCAAACCCAGCACAUCGGGCUCGGGACAGAAGACAUCGGCAAGAUGAGUGUGUCCAAGUAUCUUCCCAUCCAUGUGUCCACCUCGCAUAAAAUUAUCAUCUUAUCGGUGUCGGCCGGUGUAGCGCUGCUGGGUGCACUCGCUGCUUACCUUGGCCGCCGGAGAACUCCACUGCCUCAGCAGCGCCGGAUACGAAAACCCUGCAAUAGACGCACACGCAACAGUGUACGCAGCCCGAACGAUAUCAUGUCUGUGGCGGGUUCGAAAGUAUCCGCCCGUUCGUACAGCCCGAGCGGCUCCGUACACGCUAUCUCCGAUCGGAUGUCACUCGCUUCCGGUUCACUGGUAGCCGCCGGCGGUGGAACAGUUGGUGCGAUGGGCACGAUGACGCUUCUUGGCAAUACGACCCCGCUUACACCGCAACAGCUCGGCGUCAUGGGCAUGGAAGCGCUCGAGAACGUCGUUAGCUACUGGGAAGAUGCACUGGCCGGGCGUAACGAUUUGAUGGACAUUCCGGGCCGUGCAGCGAACGCCGAUCAGGAUGAAUUUUGCCGCGAGCUACAAAACCUUCUCGAUGCGGCCUACAACCUACAGGAGCAGGGCGAACUGCUCUUCCUCGACGAGCGGUCCGUGCUUUACCGGGAUGAUGAGCGAAAGGCCAUCACAGCCGGCGGUGAGCACGGUCUAACGAACGGUCACCGAUCUGGAUCGGAUCCGAACUUUGAUUCGGCCGAAAGCUUCGCUUCCGCCCUGGACCAGGUGGCCGAUUUGCGCGAGUUCGAUGACACGGAAUCGUUUAUGGACCUGGAACGAUACCCGCUGUACUCGAGCGCGCUGGAAACGAUGGACGAGCAGCAGAUACCGUACCGAACGCUGCGCACCGAUAUGGUCGGCUGUGCGUCCGAUACGGAGUACCUGGCCAAGCUGCACUGCAUACGGUUAGCUUUUAAACUACUGUUUAAGGAUCCCAAAAAUGGUCGCUGGGUGGCCGACACCGGGCGCCAGAUUCUCACCGAUCUGCUCUGUCUCGGUGACAAGGAUCCGAAGGAUUUUCUCGUCGCGUACGAAUCGAUGCUAGAGUUCCUCCAGAACCCCAGCAACUGGAACGAUAUCGAGCUCGAGCUGGAAUCGCGCAACGUUAAAGCGAUGACGUUCUACGACGUCGUGCUAGACUUUAUCAUUCUCGAUGCGUUCCGCGAUCUGGACGCACCGCCCAACAGCGUCCUGGCCGUCAUUAACAAUCGCUUCCUGUCGAACGGCUUCAAAGAGUCCGCUCUGGCGACGGCCGUUUGGUCCGUGCUGAAGGCCAAGAAGCGUAUGCUCAAGUUCCCGAACGGAUUUAUGGCCCACUUUUACUGCAUCACCGAGCAGCUGUCGCCGCUGAUGGUGUGGGGUUUCUUCGGGCCGAACGAAAGCCUUAAGGAGGUGUGCCAAUACUUUAAGGACGAAACGAUCGGCUUCCUGUGUGACAUCUACAGCUUCCAGAAGUGUCGGUACACGACGGUUGACGAGCUGGCGGAAGACAUUCUCGAAAACAUGCGCAAACGAGUUAACAAUAUAGGCGUCAAGUUCAAUCAGUAGUAUUCCAUCGGUGCUGUGAGCGUCGGGAGAGGUUCGGGAAUGCUUGCUGGUUGAAAAGAUUCCAUUCUGUUUCUGUUUCUUUCUAAUUCAUUUUCCAUUCAACACACACCGGUGGAUGGAAAGUAGGCGAUAGAAGAGCGAAAGGCAAGGCUAUUUUUUGUCUGCGGUGUGAUGAAAAAAGCACCUUAAAUUCUAAAAGCCAGGCUACAUGAUGCGAGAUGUCAAAAAGAUUUCGCUUAAAGGGGGUGGUUAUGCGAAAUCUAUCCGUCAAAAAGAUUUCGCCUUCUCGAGCUGAAAUCUCGGAAAGAUUUCGCUUCUCUCUAGCC